GUGAAGCUCCUCCAAUUGCAGUUCAUCAAUAAAUGCUGGAAUAUUCCCAUCAGUCUACAAGUGACGACGAGCAUCAAAGCAUCAUGAAGAAGAGAAAUCUGCAGAGACAGAGUUUAUUGAAGAACAGAGAGAACAUGAGAGAUCUAGAACCCUGCAGAAUGAACCACACUGAAGAACAAACAGAUCUAGUGGAGGAACCAAGUCAUGUCAAAACUAGAGUAAAAACUCUCUCACAGACUGAAAGAGUUUCUUUACGUAAAAGAAAAGUCAAGAAAAGUUUCACCUGCACUCAGUGUGGAAAGAGUUUCACAUACAAACAGAGUCUUGAGAUUCACACGAUGAUCCACACUGGAGAGAAACCUUACACAUGUGAUCAGUGCGGGAAGAGUUUCACAUACAAACAGAGUCUUGAGAUUCACACGAUGAUCCACACUGGAGAGAAACCUUACACAUGUGAUCAGUGCGGGAAGAGUUUUACAGCAUCAUCAAACCUUAAGAAACACAUGAUCAUCCACACUGGAGAGAAACUGCAUGAAUGUGAUCAAUGCGGAAAAACAUAUUCAUAUGCUUCAUACCUGAAGAGUCACCUGAAAGUUCAUUCAAAGGAGAAACCACAUUCAUGUGCUUUGUGUGGAAAGAGUUUUUCACAUCUGCAGAAUUUAAAAGUUCAUCAGAAGAGACACAGUGGUGUGAGAGAAUAUAUGUGCUUUGAGUGUGACAAGACUUUUAUUAGAGCUGAACAUUUGAAACAUCACGAGAGGAUCCACACUGGAGAGAAACCUUACAAGUGUUCACACUGUGACAAGAGAUUCAGUCAGUCAGCAAAUCUGAAAACACAUGAGAGGAUCCACACUGGAGAGAAACCUUACAAGUGUUCACACUGUGACAAGAGAUUCAGUCAGACAGGAGACCUGAAAACACAUGAGAGGAUCCACACUGGAGAGAAACCUUACAAGUGUUCACACUGCGACAAGAUAUUUUGUCAGUCAGGAUCUCUGCUUACACAUGAGAUGAUUCACACUGGAGAGAAACCUUACAAGUGUUCACACUGCGACAAGAGAUUUAGUCAGACAGCAUCUCUGAAAACACACGAGAGGAUCCACACUGGAGAGAAACCUUACAAGUGUUCACACUGCGACAAGAGAUUUAGUCAGUCAGGAUCUCUGAAAACACAUGAGAGGAUCCACACUGGAGAGAAACCUUACAAGUGUUCACACUGUGACAAGAGAUUCAGUCGGUUAGGAUCUCUGCUUACACAUGAGAUGAUUCACACUGGAGAGAAACCUUACAAGUGUUCACACUGCGACAAGAGAUUUAGUCAGGUAGCAUCUCUGAAAACACAUGAGAGGAUCCACACUGGAGAGAAACCGUAUCACUGCACUGUAUGAGGGAAGAGUUUCAGUUAUUUGUUUUCUCUACAGAGACAUAAAAUAAACAAUCACUUUAAAUAGUUUAUCUGCAGAUUAGGCUUGGGCGGUAUCCAAAUUUUGAUACGGUCAAACCUCCUCCCUAUUUUACCUCGGUAUACGGUAUUACCGUGAAUGAUUAAAGAAAUAUGACGAACGGCUGAGACAGCAUCACCAAACUGUUGUCUUAUGCCUAAACCAUUAAGAAACUGAAUACCAAACACUAAUACUGAAAUAAUAACAAAAUGACAUGCACAACUAUAUUAACAACUUUUAUUAGCAACAAAUAGCAAUAGUCAAACAUAAUUAAAUUAACAUAAACAUACAGAACAGUUUUUGCGCAGAGAUGCGCACACAAAUCAAUAAAAUCACUUGGGGUGUGCACAGAUUAUUAUAAUAUUGGUUCGGCUCUAAUUAUUCGACAAAUAAAAAUGAUAUUCGAAUUUCGACAUAUUUUUGCUUGCCACAAAGAAAAGAAAAAAGUCCACAAUAAAACCUAAUUCGGUUACUUUCUGUGAUUCUCCACGGCAUAUUUGAAGAUGUAUGA